UUUAGCCGCAAGUGAAAAAUGUGUAUUCAUGAUUUGUGUUAUUAAAUUGUCCAUACAAAAAUAUUUGCGUCAGUGAAAGGUGAAAGGUUGAAUGUCAACACAUUGCUUUGUGACAAUGCCACUUGACACAUUUAUUUGUGGAAAUUGUCAAGGUGCCUUUAACAACAUCAAUGUCUUCAUGGGUCACAAGAAUGAGGGAUGUGCUUCACAGCAACCAGAAAUCAUCCAAGUUCAUGUUAAUGACUCAGGAGAGAUAACCGAGAUUACAGAUGCAGACAAUAUCACUGGGGACCCGCACAGUGACACAGCGUCUGCUCUGCAGAGUCUGUUCAGUGAUGGGAUUGACCACGGCGUCACACUCGAGUCGUUUGAGUCAGAAGACGGCGGCACGCAGACCGUUAUCAUCCUCAGCAACCCCAUCGACGAAGAGCCAAGUCAGGAGACCUCGCAACUCAUCCAGACAGAGACUGCCGCACUUACGCCCAAAACUGGAAGGAAACCAGGUCGUCCACGUAAAGGUCAAGGUAAAACUCCAGUUGUCAGUGCAUCAAGGGAGACUGAGAAACCAACUGUUCCAGAGAAAGACAAAGAUGGGAAGCUGCACUGUGUACGAUGCAAGCGGAUGUUCACGAAAGAGAGACAUUUUUCUACACACAAGUGUUUGGCUUCAUCAGAUUACAUAGACAUCACCCAAAAGGAUGCUAUUAAGAUGGAAGCUGGAGAAGACAUCGACCUUGGUGACGAUGACAGCGACGAUGCCGGAGCUGUUGAAGAUUAUGCCAGCGACGAGUACCGCAUGCCCAACCACGUCCACGCUGACCCCGACAGCGACAGUGGCACUGUCCAGAAACUUGAGGUGUGGACGGAGACGGACCCGGACAGCAGCGUUCCAGAGAAGGCCACCGACUACAUCGAGGACAUCCCGGUGUUCAAGAACGAGGCCGAGAAGUUUGCCUUCGAGCAGCAGCUCAACGUGGACCUGAGUUGUGUGGACGGCAUGUUCAAGGUGCACCUCAUAGAGCAGAACCUCAAUGAACAGGCUGAUGUGAUGCGCAACGUGUCGGGAUCGCUCUCUCUCUACAGCUGCAACGUGUGCGAGAAGGUCUUCAAAACACUGUCACACAUGCGGCUCCACUGUCUCAUACACACCGACCUCAAGCCCUUCAAGUGUACAGAGUGCGACUACUCAUCAAAUGCAAAAGGUAAUUUGUAUACACACAUGCGGAAGCACACUGGUCAGUUCUACAAGUGUAAGAAGUGUUCGUUCCACUCGGUGAACAAGAGCCACCUGGUGGAGCACGAAUCGACUCACAGCUCGAGCCGACACCAGUGUGCCCUGUGUAAGAAAGACUACAACACUGUCAAGUCACUGAUCAACCACAUCCGCAAGUAUCACCCGUUCUCAGCCAUGGGUAGAGAAUACUUGGCCUCAUUUCUCAAAGGACACCAGAGAGGAGCAACGAUUAUCCACCAGUGUCACGUGUGUAACCGGAAGUUCAAAAAGAAGAUCGACCGAGACCGACAUCUGUUUGUGCACGACAUUAAAGACCUUCCCAACAUCCAGCAUUGUGAACUGUGUGACUACAGCGCCAGUCGACGCGUGUACCUGGAAAAACACUAUCAGAAACACAGAGUUAUUUACAGGUGUUUCAACUGUGAGAGCAAGUUUCCGAGUACGAUCCGCCUGAUCGACCACCUGACAAGCGCCCACCUGCAGGACGACACCAGCCAGUGGGACAGUCUGUUCGAGAAGAGCAUCGACAACAGUCUGUACCUGCCCGAGCCCCAGGACAGUAUUAAAAACAAGCACGUCAACAUCCCCGACGAACUGAAAGAGGUGGCCGUUGAGAACAUCCCCGACGAUGUCGUCCUAGGUGCGGUUGACGACUCAGAUUUGUCUCUCAUCGGCAAGUCGGACUUGAACGAAAGUCUGGGUUCGAAAAAUAACGAAAAUUCCAAUGAUGGUGAAUGCAAGAUGACUACGAACGGUCUUCUUCAGUCUUUACAAAAACCAGUUUCAGAAGAACUGGAAAACACGUCUAAUGAUAUCAUUAAAGCUAAUACUGGUUUGGAACCCCAAAUGACUUCAGAAGAGAAUGUGCAACCAUCUCUUCCUGAAGACAGUGAUAAAAACAAUUGUAGUUUGAAUACAACAUCAUCAACAAUGGUUGGUGAUGGUGAUAAAAAUAACUCUAAUUUCGAAACGUCAUCAGCCUUGGAACUAAAUGAACAAUCUUCUAUUGCUGACAAUCCCGAAAACAAUAAUUCCAGUUUUAAAAACCCACCAUCUUUUGAGCUCACUGAAAACCUUUCUACGGUGGAAGAUUCUGAUAAAAACAGCGCCAGUUUUGAAAAACUGUCAACUGCAGAAUUGAAAGAACAAACUUGUACCAGCAUUUUGCAAAAUACUGAAGGCUGUAACCCACAAGCAGAAGUUACAAACAUUGAAAAUGAUUUGUCUGAACAGCUAGUUGGUAAAGAGCUUGAGGAAAAAAUUGACGAAAUUUGUAACAAAGAUGCCACCGGUGACGAUGUACUGAAGAAAGACCACGCAGUGGAUCUUGAUGAGGACAGUGCAGGAACAAACGACCAAGAGAAAGAGAACAUUGACAACAAGGCCGCCACUGGCACGGACAAAGAGCUGAAAGACUUCAUAGAGAAACUAGGUUACCGGAACAUGACAAUGGAGAUUUUUCACAAGCUGCGUGAGACGUUUGGAACAGAGGAGUGUGAAUUCUGUGGUAAACUCUUCUACAGUAAGACGGACUUCGAGCCACACGUUAGAACACACACAGGAGACAAACCUUUUGUGUGUGACAACGACAGCUGUUCGUUCCGCGCCAUCAGCAAGGAGAUUCUGCGACAGCACGUGGACCGCGAACACGGCCACGUCCAGUUCCAGUGUAAGGAGUGCACGUUCGUCACCAACAGCCGCAGUCAGCUGUGGAGUCACCACCUCAAACACCUCGGCAUCACCGGGCUCGAGUGCGAAAAGUGCAAACAGAAGUUCAACAGCCUGAAAGUUCUCCGAGGUCAUCUGUUGCUGGUGCACCCUGAGAUUGACAAGGAGGAGGUGGCUAGGAUGACAGGAUAUCAGCUAAGCCACACCCACAAGAUCCAGGGAAAGCUGGGACGUCACACUUACAAAUGUCCUUACUGUGAUCGUGUGUUCACUCGGGCCAACUCAGAACUGCAGAAACACCUGUGGAUGCACGAGGGCAUCAAGCCGUUCAAGUGUCCCAUGUGUUCGUACGGCUGCCGGAGUAAAAACAAUCUCCAGAACCACAUGCUCCGCCACUCGGCCGAGAAACCCUUCCUCUGUAAUGAGUGUGGCAAAGCGUACAAGUCGCGCACAGCUCUACGCUGGCACGUCAAGUCUCACAAGCACGGCAAGCUCUUCAAGUGUGACAAAUGUCCUUAUGAAGCCACACAGAGAAGUCAUCUGAAACGCCACCAGGAAACUCACGAUGUCUUGAAGCGUUUUGUGUGUGCUCACUGCGACUAUUCGGCCAACACGGUCGGCUACCUCAAGAUUCACUACGCCAAGGCUCACAAGGGUCUCGCGUACGUGCCGAGUGUGAGGGCGCCACCGAGGAGCGUCCUCGUCGACUCGCGCGUCUACAAGUGCCUCAGCUGCGAGUACAUCUUCGGAAACCUCUCCGACCUGAAGCGCCAUCUCAGAAUACGGCACCAGGUGCAGGUUCAGGGAAUAACAGAUCUCGAUCAAGUGCAGAUUUCAGAAGUACAGGUUAUUCAAUGUGCUGAGGAAGAUGCCAUCAUUGACGAGUCUUUCGAUGCGGUCAACUCUGUAGAGAACACACAACAGAUGGACGACAGUUCCAAGAUGGAUGAGAAGACUGCAUCAGCCGUGAAUCUGCUUCAACAAAUCAUCGACAUCUCGCAGCAGGGAACCAGUACAGAGCUUGAGCAGCAGGAGAUUGAGAUGAAGUCGGACGAUGGCCAGAUGGUGGCCGUGCAGGCCGAGGACGGUCAGAUGAUGGUGGUCGACCCCGAGACCAUCAUCGUCCAGCAGGACGGGGAACAAGUGAUCCUCGCCGAUGGCAGCGUGGGGCCCGAUGGGGGAUAUGUCAUUCAGUAUGUGUCACCAGGAGAAUCACUGCUGGAGGAAAUAUCACUGGAAAUACAGUCCACUGAUUCUUAGUGAUGAAUCAAUAGGAGUCACUGCUGGAGGAAUUAUCACUGGAAAUACAGUCCACUGAUUCUUAGUGAUGAAUCAAUAGGAGACACUGCUGGAGGAAAUAUAACUGGAAAUAACAGUCCACUGAUUCUUAGUGAUGAAUCAAUAGGAGUCACUGCUGGAGGAAAUAUCACUGGAAAUACAGUCCACUGAUUCUUGGUGAUGAAUCAAUAGGAGUCACUGCUGGAGGAAAUAUCACUGGAAAUACAGUCCACUGAUUCUUGGUGAUGAAUCAAUAGGAGUCACUGCUGGAGGAAAUAUCACUGGAAAUACAGUCCACCGAUUCUUGGUGAUGAAUCAAUAGGAGUCACUGCUGGAGGAAAUAUCACUGGAAACACAGUCCACCGAUUCUUGGUGAUGAAUUAAUAGGAAUCACUGAUGGAGGAAAUAUCACUGAAAAUACAGUCAACCGAUUCUUGGUGCGGAAUCAAUAGUAGUCACUGCUGGAGGAAAUAUCACUGAAAAUACAGUCAACCAAUUAUUGGUGCUGAAUCAAUAGGAGUCGCUGCUGGAGGAAAUAUCACUGAAAAUACAGUCAACCGAUUCUUAGUGAUGAAUCAGUAAGGAGUCACUGCUGGAAGAAAUAUCACUGGAAAUAGUGUCCACCGAUUCUUGGUGCUGAAUCAAUAGGAGUCACUGCUGUAGAAAAUAAUGGACUCUGCAAGGAACUGAUGUGUGAUAUGAUAUGUUAUUCAGUAUGUAACACAAGAGACAAUACGGAAAAUUCCACUGGGAAUGCAUCCAUCCGAUUCCUAGUGGUAAAAACAGUGGAAUGUGUUAACAAGAACCAGAAACACAUUCAGUUCACACGCAUUCUUUUACACAAGACUCAAUAGACUGGUUUUUGGAAUCUAUAUUGACACAAGUUCUGUUACAAAAGACUCAGUAGACUGGUUUUUGGAAUCUAUAUUCACACAAGUUCUGUUACAAAAGACUCAGUAGACUGGUUUUUGGAAUCUAUAUUCACACAAGUUCUGCUACAAAAGACUCAGUAGACUGCUUUUUGGAAUUUAUUUUACAUGUGAUAGAGCGGAAAUCAUCAAAUAGUAUUGUUAAACACCAAUUAUAUUGCAAUUCAAUGCUUACACAUGUAAAAAUGCAUCCACAUUUCCUCUUGUUAGAUACCUUUUAAGGCAACUUGUAUUAUAAAUGCUAGCUAACAGCCACUUGUAUGCAUGUAGUUUCUCUAUUUAUUGUCUAUUUAUUAUCAAGACAAAGAGUUUUUCUAAGUACAGUACUAGGGUAUGUUUAGGAGGACAAGUGAUUGUGUUUACUCAUUAAGACUGGUUUUUGUGCCUAACCUGAGAUGAAUGUGAUGUGAUAGACGAUGAUGGUACCAGUCAAAUUGUUCGUGAAUGCUCCGACUUCCGAACAGGCCACUCUUAGUUUCCAACUGUUUUCAUUACAAUGACUGAGCAUUAUAAAACUAAAUCUGGCGAAUACAAUGUGUUUGCCAGAAUAAGAUUCAUACAAAUAAUAAUUUCUGGUGAAUAAUUAGACACUGUCAGAUUGUGUUAAUUUAUUUUAUGCAACACAGUUACUAGUAUUAAUCCAUUAUAAAUACAUUUGUGUGGCCAAGAAAAUUUACAUUCUUUAUUUAUUUUCUACCUGUACAAUAAAACCAAAACAAAACAGUA